UUAAGGCAACUCUGCUUCAGAGCUGAUCCUGCACAGCAGGGCAGUCACAGAGUCUGCAUUUAUUUGCCCUCCUGAGGAGAAGGUGGGAGACUCAGGUGUCUGUAGCUGGACCCGAACUGAAAGGACGGGGAGAGAAAUCAUGACCCAAGAGCGACUGUGGCAGGUCCUGGAUCCAUCGUGGGGGGACCCUCAUGCCCUCUCAGCUCUGCUCUGCAGUUCAGCUGCAGCUGUCGUGCUCCUGAAGUGGCUGGGACGCAGGCAGGUCCAGCAGAAGAUGCACGAGGCGAGGAGGUCUCGGGAUCUGGCCCUGGAAAGGAUGGAGAAGGCGGCUCACAGGUUUAAGCAAGAGAACCCAGGCACCCAGACCACACAUAUCCUCUCGCUGACAAUGGUGGAGCUGGCGGAGAAGCUGAAGGAGGGGUCCCUGUCCCCAGAAAGUGUCCUCUACUCCUACAUGGACAAAGCUUUGGAGGUGAAUCGGGAGGUGAACUGUUUGACAGACUUCAUUCAUGGCUGUGAGGAUCAGCUCCAGAAACUGAAGAAGCAGAAGGAAAAAGGGCUGCUCUAUGGCAUUCCCAUCAGCAUCAAGGACCACAUUAACUGCAAGGGCCACAUCUCCUCUGGAGGGAUGGUGAAGUUUCUGGGCCAAGUGAAGGAAGAAGACAGUGUCAUCGUCCAGGUUCUAAAGCACCAGGGGGCAAUCCCCUUUGUGAAAACCAACAUCCCACAGACAAUGAUAAACUACGACUGCAGCAACCUCAUCUUUGGCCAGACACUGAACCCUCUAAACCACCAGAAGAGCCCCGGGGGCUCCUCGGGAGGGGAGGGAGCUCUGAUCGCAGGGGGAGGCUCCAUCCUGGGCAUCGGCUCGGAUGUAGCUGGCAGCAUCCGCCUGCCCUCCAGCUUCUGUGGGCUCUGUGGGCUCAAACCCACAGGCAAUAGGAUCAGCAAACAGGGUGUCGUUUCUCCUCUCGUAGGAAUGCAAUCAGUGACACCGAUGCUGGGGCCAAUGGCAAGGGACGUGGACAGCCUGGCCCUGUGCAUGAGGGCGCUGCUCUGCGAGGAGAUGUUCCGACUGGACCCCACCGUGCCCCCCAUCCCCUUCAAUGAGGAGGUUUACACCAGUUCAAAUCCUCUUCGCAUUGGGUAUUAUGAAGGAGAUGGUUACUUCCAGCCCUCACCCAGCAUGAAACGGGCCAUCCAGCAGACAAGAAAGCUCCUCCAGGAUGCAGGGCACACGCUUGUUCCCUUUGCACCGCCCAAGAUUGACUACAUGGUAGAUGAGCUGUUCACCAGAGGGAUUUUCUCGGAUGGUGCUGCUCACCUGGUGGACUGCUUCAAAGGAGACAUCGUGGAUCCCAACCUGAAAUCCCAGUUCAAUACUUACAGGCUUCCUGCUCUGGUGAAAAGGAUCUUGGCUUUCCUUUUGAAACCCAUAUACCCACGAAUUGCUCGAGAUCUCAGUGCUCUCUGUGGAGUGGGAUCUGCCAAAAACCUCUGGGAUCAGCACGGAGCAGUGGCGGUUUACCGCACGGAAUUCAUUGCCAAAUGGAGGAAGCUGAGGCUGGAUGUGAUCCUUUGUCCUGCCCUGGGGCCAGCCUUUAACCACGGCUAUGCUGGGAAGCUCUUUGCUGCAACCUCCUACACCAAUUUAUACAACGUGCUGAACUUCCCUGCUGGGGUGGUGCCGGUCAGCACGGUCACGAGAGCCGACGAAGAGGAACUGAAGCAUUACCAAGGGCACUACAGAGACCCUUGGGAUAAGAGGCUGAAAGAGGCUGUGGAAGGAGCUGUGGGGUUGCCAGUGGCUGUCCAGUGCGUGGCUCUGCCAUGGCAGGAGGAGCUGUGCCUUCGCUUCAUGAAGGAGGUGGAGAUGCUUGCCCACAACACAAAGAGAAAUGUGUGAUUUCUGGGAACCAGCCUUCACUGUGAUGACUUUUCAUUGCCUGCCCUUCACUCCAGCCACCUUCUACCCAAUACAAAAGUAGACAGCAAGGCUCUGAGCUAACAUUUCAAUAAACUGGCACAAAAUGCUGUUUAAAAAUAGCAAAAAUCUCACCCCUGUCUAAGUU